AGUAUGGAAAAACUCAACGAACUCUGGGUCAGCCUGUGAAUUUUGAGUUAACUUACUCCGAGUGGAGAAACCCGGAGCUCUUCGGUAUCAGAACCGCUGAUUUCCAUGAGUUCUGUGGACUCGGAGUUGGUUCACCUAGAAGCAAGCGCAUGCGCCAGCGCCAUUCAAAGCCUUCAUGCGGAUGCUUUCAGUGAACACACCAACAGCUCCAAAAAGAGAUCGAGUUAUUUCACGCCGCUAGAGCAGAGGGUCCUCCUUCAGGCUUAUGAAGAGCAUGCUCACAUAUUUAGUAAAAAGAGCAACAAGGCGGCAGCAGCUAAAGCGAGACAGGCUGCAUGGAAGAGCAUUGCUGCCCGAGUCAAUGCGUGUAACUCAGGGGAAAGGCGGACUUGGAUGCAACUGAAAAUGAAGUAUAAAAAUAUGAUUCAGAAAGCUAACAGAAAACGGGCUGUGGCCCGAAAAAUCGACAGUGAGCUACUAAUCCCGCCCCUGACGGAGGCGGAGGGGCUGGCCAUCACCCAAAGCUCCCCCAGACCUGUUUCCGAAGGCAUCUCUGCAGACAGCUCACCUGAACCGGGGGCCAACCAAGACACAGUUACAGAUGCUGUUUACGUUGCUGAGCCUUCAUCCACUGCAACAGGGGAAGAGCCUGCAUUCGAGGAUGAUGUUCUGUCUGCUGCCACCAAGAAGGAAGCUGAGAUUCAUACUGAAAGAAAAGCUGGCCACUACCAGGACGGGGUUCCUCCAACCUCCACAGCACGGCUCGACUCAUUACCAGUAGCAGAGUUAUACAGGCAUCAUCUCCUUAACACUAUUGAGAAAACGGAUAAAGAAAUCACGUAUUUGGACCGCCAAAUCAAGAAAGCGGACCUAGAAAUUCUUAUACUGGAGCGCCAGUUGAGGUGGGUGCAUUUCCUUCACAGGUCAAACAUAUUAAUUGUUGGAACACCAUUAAAAAUCCUAAUAUUAGUAUUUUUUUCUUCUAGGGAAUAAAGAAGACUGAAUGACUGAAUUAUUUAUUUUUUGGUGGAGAGACUUGUUGGGAGACUAUCCUUACAUCUGGGAUCUCUGCAAGGAGUUGCAGAGAACUCAUGCUUCAGUAGUGUCACAUGAUAUAUUGGUGGCUAGAUUGACCUUAUAGUGGAACUGGAACAAGAAUCUACGAGCUGGUCAUCUGAACCUCAAGUCCCAGCUCAUGGCUGGGGGUAGUGGACCGCCCUCUGCGCCGCCCUUAGCUGGUAUUUAUGCAAUCAUCUUAUGACUCCUGUGAAUACAUUUGAGCAUAAAGUGGUGGGAAUAACAUGCAGAGCUUUAGGUUUAAUAGUACAUCCAAAUAUGGAGCUCACACUAUCCAUGCGAGUUGUUUAGUGUGAUUUGUACUAUUAGUUAAAACCUUAUUACAUACUCAACAGUAACAUUAUUAGACACUAUAAUGCCUAAGAGUCGUUCUGGUGCCUUAGAACAACUCUGUUGCUCUAAGAGUUGUUACUUGACGCAAGUCAUGGCAGCAAAAUAACGCACUUAAGUCAUCUAGACAUGGUGAAGACGACGACUUGCUGAAGUUAAAACCAACCAUCAAAAUGGAGACUUUGAACAUGUUGUGUUAUGGUGUUUCAGAAACUUUUACUGCUCCAUCAGGCCUUUGUUCUCUAAGGUUUACAGAGAACAGCACAAAACAGAGGAAACAUCAAGUGAGCAACAGUCGUGUGCAUAAAAAUGCCUUUUUGAGUUUAGAGGUUAAAGGCGAAUGGGCAAACUAGUUAGAGGUGAUAGAAAGGCAACAGAAGCUCAAAUAAAACUUUGUCACUACCAAGCGGACAGAGCUUUUCUUUUCUGUUUCUCUAAAAGUCUGGAGCUCCCUUCCUCUGACUCACAUCAGUUCUCUGUGACUUCCUUUUGAAGGCCAGCUAAACGCAUUUUUUAAAAUCCGAUUUUGUUUUGCUUUGUGUAUUUUAUUUUGUUAUUCUGUUUGUUGAAGCACUUUGUGAUUUUCAUCUUGAAAGGUACUGUACAAAUAAAAUUUUACUUACAAAGAUAUGCAGAAUACCAUCUGUAAUCCCUAAAGCAGAUGGGCUGCAGCAACAGAUGAUGGCACCAGGGCGGCUGCUCUUGUGAGCUGAGAACAGGAAACUGAGGCAAUACAAUAUCACUGUUUGGACAAUUUAACUAGAGCAAAGCAGAAAACAAGAGGGCUUUUUAUACAAGGGCUUUUAUUGGUCAAUUUAGCCAAGUUGUUGAGGUGAAAUUUGAAAAAAAAAAAAAA